AAGCUGUUGGACUCACCUGCUCAGAGCCUGUCAGGUUGGUGGGAGGAGCCAGUCACUGUGCAGGUACACUGGAGAUGAAACUGGGAGAGUGGAGACCAGUGGGUGACUUUGACUGGAGCCCGAAGAUAGCAGCUGUGGCUUGUACAGAGUUAGACUGUGGCUCUGCUGUUUCAUCAGGAAUCAGAAAGGAGUCCUCAGACAGAUCUGUAUGGAGCAUCAAUCAUGACUGUGUUCAGUCUGGAUCUUCACUGAGGGACUGUGUAUCAUCAUCAGGUUCCUAUUCCUCCAGGAUAGAGCUCACCUGCUCAGACUCUGUCAGGCUGGUGGAUGGGACUAAACGGUGUUCAGGAUGCAGAGGUGGUCUGUAA